AUGGCGGCGCGUGGCUCGGGCCCGUGGCUGCUGCUGGCCGCGGUUCUGUGCGCGGCGGCCGAGCCGCGCUGCCCGGCGUGCCCGGCGGGCGCCGAGCGGUGGCUGCUGGAGGAGGUGGCCAAGAAGCAGCUGCUGGAAAAGCUGCGGCUCCGCGAGCGCCCGCGGCUCGCCCACGCUGUGCCCCGCGCCGCCGUGACCCGCGCCCUGCGGCGGCUGCAGGCGGGAGGCGCCCGCCGGAGCCCCGGUGCGACCGGGGAGGAGGAGGAGGAGGAGCAGAGCUACGAGAUCAUCAGUUUCGCGGAGACAGAUCUCACAUCUCCCUCCACCUUGGGGCUGCACUUCCAGUUCAGCCAGGCGCAGGACCAGGACAUCCGCAUCCUGCAGGCUCAGCUCUGGCUCUACCUGCGAGUGCCCCGCGCCAGCCUCACCCUGAGGAUCUUCCUGGCCCCCGAAGGCGGGGAUGCGGCCGGGGGCAACCGCACGCUGCUGGGGGAGAGGCGGCUGAGCAGCACGGGCAGCGGCUGGCGCUCCUUCCCCCUCCUGCCCGCGCUGCGGAGCUUCUUCGAGGGGCAGAGCCGGAGCCUGCGGCUGGAGCUGCAGAGCCGCGGGGACGGGAGCGAUGUCACGGCACAGGUCAAUGCCAGCCGGUCCCACCAGCCCUUCCUGGUGGCCAAGGUGAAGGUGAGGGAGCCCGAGCACCGCGUGGCCAAGCGCAGCCUCCGCUGCAGCCAGAACUCCAACCUCUGCUGCCGCAAGGAUUUCUACGUGGAUUUCCGGGACAUCGGCUGGAACGACUGGAUCAUCAAGCCCGAGGGCUACCAGAUCAACUACUGCGUGGGCCAGUGCCCUCUGCACGUGGCGGGCAGCCCCGGCAUGGCCUCUUCCUUCCACACAGCCGUCUUCAACCUCGUCAAAGCCAACAACGUCCAAGCCUCGGGGCAUUCCUGCUGCGUGCCCACGCGGCGCCGCCCGCUCUCCGUCCUCUACUUCGAUCGCAACAGCAAUAUCGUCAAGACUGACAUUCCCGACAUGAUUGUUGACGCUUGUGGCUGUAGUUAGGGCUGGGGGAGCUGUGGUGGGAGCCCUCCUUGGCCAGGACUGUGCUGCUGGUGGAGGGGAGGGAGCUGGAGAGCUCCGUGAGCCCCCAGCGGACCCCUUUGGAGAGGUUGGGGGGGAGAGGGUCUCGUCAGGGGGAGCAGGGGGCUUUGGGGACAUGUGGGACAGAGAUGUUAGAGUGCCCAAGACUGUGAUGUGGGUGUUGAUGACUGUGACAUCCCUGCCUGCACUGUUCCCGAGCUGAUCCCACAUUCCUGGUGCUCGAAUUCCCCUCUGGUGUGGGGGCCCCACUUGGUUCAGGCUCAGUGUCCCCUGAGGGGCUGGGACGUGGCUUCCUUGGGGGCAGAGAGAGAUGCAGAAACAGAACUGCUCCCUCCCCGUGGGAGUCUGCAGGACAGGGCAGUCCUGCCUUUUUCCCCUCUGGAACAAACCUUCCUGCAUCGAAUUCAGGCCUGGUUUUGGGAACACACAGAAUGGGGCACAAAUAACAGGCCUGGGAGAGGAGGAUGGAGGGUACGACUUCAUCGAGAACCCCAAAACAGCAGCGACAGGAUGAAGUUCUCCAAUCCCUGGAGGGCACGGAGCUGUGAGGACCAAGCUCCCAGGUCCUGUGUGCCUCCUCUUUCCCUGGGUUUGUGCUUUCCUGCCCUGCUCCCACCCCCAGCAGGGUCUCCUCCAGCCUCCAUAAAGGGAGGUCUGGCUCAAACUUUACCUUCCAGACCAACACUCAAGGUACAGAUUUGGUUUGUGCCACUGGUUUGCAGCUAUUCCUGUUCCUGCAGCUGUUGGGACUCCCUGGUGCUCCAUCCUCUCUGCCAAAGAUCCCACUCUGCCUUCCCCUUCCUCAUGCACCCACACGGCCUCUGCUUUAAUUUAUUACACAACAUUUUGGUGCAGCUUCCCAAAUAAAUGGGUGGAAAUGCAA